UGUUCUGUGACUUUGGGGACGACAUGGUGGUGACGGACACCAACGGGGAGCAGCCGCUCAGCGCCAUGGUCUCCAUGGUCACCAAGGGGUGUCCCGGGGAGGUGACGUGCCUGGACGAGGCGCGGCACGGCUUCGAGACGGGCGACUUCGUCACCUUCACCGAGGUGGAGGGCAUGGACGAGCUCAACUCCUGCGGCCCCGUGGAGAUCCGCGUCCUCGGGCCAUACACCUUCAGCAUCGGGGACACGAGCGGGUACGGGGACUACGUGCGGGGGGGGAUCGUCACCCAGGUCAAGAUGCCCAAGCACAUCCGCUUCAAGCGUCUGCGGGAGUCGCUGGCGGAGCCGGAGAUGCUCAUCACGGACUUCGGGAAGGCGGAGCGCCCUCCCAUCCUGCACUGGGGCUGGCAGGCGCUGCACCGCUUCAUGCAGCAGCACGGCCGCCCGCCGCGGCCGCGCCACCAGGGUGACGCGGCGGAGGUGGUGGCCCUGGCCCGGGAGGUGGCCCCGGGAGCGGAGCUGGACGAGGAGCUGCUGCGGGAGCUGGCCUUCCAGGCCACCGGGGACCUGGCGCCCGUCAACGCCUUCAUCGGGGGGCUGGCGGCACAGGAGGUCAUGAAGGCGGUGUCGGGGAAGUUCACGCCCAUCACGCAGUGGCUCUACUUCGACGCGCUCGAGUGUCUCCCCGAGGAGAACAAGGAGACGCUGCUCACCGAGGAGCAGUGCCGCCCGCGCAACAGCCGCUACGACGGGCAGAUCGCGGUGUUCGGGGCCGACCUGCAGGCCAAGCUGGGCAACCAGAAGUACUUCGUGGUCGGGGCGGGGGCCAUCGGCUGUGAGCUGCUGAAGAACUUCGCGAUGGUGGGGCUGGGCUGCGGACCCGAAGGGUCCAUCACCGUCACCGACAUGGACACCAUCGAGAAGUCCAACCUCAACCGCCAGUUCCUCUUCCGGCCCUGGGAUGUCACGAAGCUGAAGUCGGAGCGGGCGGCGGCGGCGGUGCGGGAGAUGAACCCGGCGCUGCGGGUGAGCAGCCGCCCCGACCGCGUCGGCCCCGACACCGAGCGCGUCUACGACGACGACUUCUUCGAGGCCCUGGACGGCGUCGCCAACGCCCUCGACAACGUCGACGCCCGGCUGUAUAUGGACCGGCGCUGCGUGUACUACCGCAAGCCGCUGCUGGAGUCGGGCACGCUGGGCACCAAGGGCAACGUGCAGGUGGUGGUCCCGUUCCUCAGCGAGUCCUACAGCUCCAGCCAGGACCCCCCCGAGAAGGCCAUCCCCAUCUGCACCCUCAAGAACUUCCCCAACGCCAUCGAGCACACCCUGCAGUGGGCACGGGACGAGUUCGAGGGGCUCUUCAAGCAGCCGGCCGAGAACGUCAACCAGUACCUGACGGACCCCCGCUUCGUGGAGCGCACGCUGCGGCUGGCGGGCACGCAGCCGCUGGAGGUGCUGGAGGCGCUGCAGCGCAGCCUGCGGGGGGAGCGGCCCCGCGCCUGGCCCGACUGCGUCGCCUGGGCCUGCCGCCACUGGCACCGGCAGUACAGCAACAACAUCCGGCAGCUGCUGCACAACUUCCCCCCGGGGCAGAAGACCAACUCGGGGACCCUCUUCUGGUCGGGGCCCAAGCGCUGCCCCCACCCCCUCGUCUUCGACCCCGACAACCCCCUGCACCUGGACUACGUGAUGGCGGCCGCCAACCUCUUCGCCCAGAGCUACGGCAUCGGGGGCUCGCGGGACCGGGCGGCGGUGGCCGAGCUCCUGCGCCACGUCCGCGUCCCCCCCUUCGCCCCCAAGGCCGGGGUGCGCAUCCACGUCUCCGACCAGGAGCUGCAGAGCGCCGCCGCCGCCCUGGACGACGGGCGGCUGGAGGAGCUCAAGGCCUCGCUGCCCAGCCCCGAGGAGCUGCCCGGCUUCCGCAUGUACCCCAUCGACUUCGAGAAGGACGACGACACCAACUUCCACAUGGAUUUCAUCGUCGCCGCCUCCAACCUGCGGGCCGAGAACUACGACAUCCCGCCGGCCGACCGGCACAAGAGCAAGCUGAUCGCGGGGAAAAUCAUCCCGGCCAUCGCGACGACGACGGCGGCGGUGGUGGGGCUGGGCUGCCUCGAGCUCUACAAGCUGGUGCAGGGCCACCGGCGCCUGGCCUCCUACAAGAACGCCUUCCUCAACCUGGCCCUGCCCUUCGUCGGCUUCUCCGAGCCCCUCGCCUGUCCCCGCAACAAGUACUACGAGGUGGAGUGGACGCUGUGGGACCGGUUCGAGGUGCAGGGGCUGCAGCCUGACGGGCAGGAGAUGACGCUGCGCCAGUUCCUCGCCUAUUUCAAGAAGGAGCACCGGCUGGAGAUCACGAUGCUGUCCCAGGGCGUCUCCAUGCUCUACUCCUUCUUCAUGCCGGCCGCCAAGCUGCGCGAGCGCCACGACCAGCCGAUGACGGAGAUCGUGGCGCGGGUGUCCAAGAAGAAGGUCGGCCGCCACGUCAAGGCGCUCGUCUUCGAGCUCUGCUGCAACGACGACACCGACGCCGACAUCGAGGUGCCCUACGUGCGCUACACCAUCCGCUAGCCCCGCCC